AUAUUUUCACGUUAGAGAUAUCUGAAGAUAAGCUGGUCAACCAGCUCAAACCAAUGAUCAGAAAGUGGUGGCCAAACCGAUUUCAACAUAUCGAUCCAAGUAAACUUAUUCUCUACAAAGUACUUGAUGUGAACAUUGCUUUAGGUUUAAUCGAACCCUUAAAAAAGGAGAAGGCGGGUAAUAAGAAUUAUGGACAACGCUUGCAUCUAUUGGAAAAGAUCUGUAUACAUUUUAAUAACGAUCAAGAAACAUAUCCCGAUAGCAUUAAGCCAAAUGAAAAAAGAGUCAGCAUCGUUAUAGGAGGAUGUGAAACAAAUGUUAACUUAUCCUUGAAGAUCUUUGAUCAUAGGGAUGAAACCAGUAAACCUUCGACUAGCACUUCGGAAAUUCAAACAAAUAUUCCAGAGCCUUCCCAACUCGAAGUACUUGCAUUAAAUUAUCUUCGAAAUCAAAAGAUUUCAACUAUACCCAGCAGAAUUCUGAAACUCAAUCCUUGCAGUAUUUGCCAAAGAAAUUAUAUUAUGCAAGCAGAAACAGAUCCUUUUACUCUUAUAUGCCUUUCGUAUAAUGUAAUCAUCGAGCUGACUAGAGAAGAAGCAGUACUCGCCUCUGGAAAAUAUCAUCUUCAGAAAAAACAAACUGAUACUGAACAGGGUAAUGAGGAUCUCAUGGCUUCGCUAGGAUUGGUAGAAGGUGGCUCUCGUGUUGGGCAGAGGGGUCAAUCGAAGCAAGUCACUAUGCAGGAUCAGGCGACAAGUCCAAUCAUGUUUGAAGAUGAUGAUGAUAACCAGUCUAAUUCUGUUGAUAAUAGAACUCCGGAAAAUCAAGCUAAUUCUAAUGAUGAAAUCUGCGCCACUAAUACACAGGAUAACUUGGAGAAUCAAUCUAAUGCAAAUAGCGGGGAUGACACCAAUAUGCAAGAAAGUGAAUCUCAAUCAAGAAGAAAUUCAUCAAGAAGACGGACCUCUCCAAGGAUAACUCGUGAACAAAAAAAAUUCCAGGCCCUGUUGCAAGAGUUAUCUACGCCCGCUAAAGGAGAAAGAGCCGAAAAUGUUGAUGAGAAGGAGGAUGCUGAUGGAUCUGUAUCACAAAGCUUAGCCUGA